CCAGAAUGAAUGACAACCUAUUUCUCAGUUUGGACAGACUUUUGGUAGAGUUUGUCUUCCAGUAUGAGCAAGACAUAAGCGCUAAAGAAGAUAUGAUUCAAAGAAUUAAUAAAUGUGUUGAAGAUAUUAAAGAAAGCAAAGUAACUAUUUGUAAGAUACAGGAAACUAUAAAUACAACAGAUGAAGAAAUUGGUCAUUACUGUAAACAUAGUAAGGAGAUCAAAGACAACUGUAGUAACUGGAAACCAACAUGUGAUGUUUUUUAUAAACAUGAAGAUUAUAUGCAGGAUCGAUUUACUGCUUAUCAAGAAGCUAUUGAAAAAGACAAAAAAAUGUAUCAUGAUUAUGUAUGUCAGUAUAAAGAUGUUUUGAAGCAAUACCAACUAAAAUACUCAGAAACACCUUUUGCACGUAAAUAUUAUGAGAAGAAAAGAGAACAUGAAGAAAUUCAAAACAGAGUGUUGACAUGUACUAAACAACUAAAAAUGAAUGAAGCUAUUUUAAUGAAAUUUCUAGUGCCUGCUCCCUUUCCAUCACUUAUUAAAUGGACAUUACACAUUAUUCACUUGAGAUGUAAAACACAAGAUAUUCUUAAGCAUGCCAACAAUUUUACCAAAAGUUCAUCUGAAUUGAAGAAAGAAGCAGAUGAAAUGGAAAUAGAAAUUAAUUACUUAAAGCAGCAGAUUGCAAAACUUUAUGAAAAUAAGAAUCUUUCAGAAAUUCUGGAAGAAAAGAACAAUACAGAAAAGGGAAGAGAAUUGAAAGAAAGAAUUUUUGAAAAAGAUGAACACGUACUUGUGUUGAAUAAAACCCUGCAAAGCAGCCAAUUAUUUCUUCCUUUUGAGUCUCAGAGAUUAGUACAACCAAAAAAGAUGCAUUCUUCAGAACCAAGAGUUAGAGAUAAAAAAGAAGAAAGUUCUGUGAAGCUGUCAAAGCUUGCCAAUAUUGACUUCAGACAAAAAGAAAAUGAUACAGAGGUACUUAAUGACUCUGCCAUGGGUAACCAUUCAAAAUGUUCACAUGUUACUGCUAUCAAAAGUUCACAAAAUGUUAUGCAAUUCAGAUUGUUAACCCCACAGAAACAAUCAAAUUGCAGUCUGUUUGAAAAAGGAGAUACAGAUGCUGAGUAUGAGGAUAAAGGGACAGUAAGACAAUUAAGAGAAUCAAAAUGUACUUCACAAGCUAUAUAUACAGAACAUUUUGGGAAAACAAUAGAAAAUAAUAACGAAGUUGAAGAACGGGCUGAGGAUUUUCCACAAACUCCUGAAAUUCCUGCAUUUUUAAGAACUCCUGAAGCUGUGAAAACACCUGAAUCUUUGGAGAAAAUACAGUUCCCUAAAACGCCCUUGUUUGAAAUUAACAGAAAUAGAAAUGCAGUAUUUGAAGUUCAAACACAGAAGGAGUCUCCUGGACUUUCUUUUCUUAUGAGUUAUACUUCUAGAUCACCUGGAUUGAAUUUAUUUGAGUCUUCUAUAUUUGAUACAGAAGUCUCAUCAGAUCAGUUUAAUGAACAUUAUUCUGUAGGAAAUCGAAAUCCUUUGUCAUCACAAAAAGAAAUUGGAAACUUGUUUGAGAAACCGGAAGAAGAUACCUUUACAUUUUCUUUUCCAUCAGACACUUCAACUCAUACAUUUGGAGCUGGAAAAGAUGAUUUUAGUUUCCCAUUUUCCUUUGAACAGGAUCAAAAUGCAAUACCUUCUUCUUCUCUAAAAGGUUUUUCAUCUUCCUCACAAAAUACAACACAGUUUACUUUUUUUUGA